CCUUUAUCAUUAUGUACUGUUACCAACUACCCCGCAUUUCGACGCUCGUUAAGUUUAUUUCCAGUGCAAAGGGGAAUUCCUUUUUGAAUGUUCUUCUGGAGUUCGUUUGUGCGCUUCCUUGUCCUUGUCCCUGGCUGCUAUACCCUUUAUCAUUAUGUACUGUUACCAACUACCCCGCUUUCGACACUCGUUCAGUUUAUUUCCAGUGCAAAGGGGAAUUCCUUUUUGAAUGUUCUUCUGGAGUUUGUUUGUGCGCUUCCUUGUCCUUGUCCCUGGCUGCUAUGCCCUUUAUCAUUAUGUACUGUUACCAACUACCCCGCAUUUCGACGCUCGUUCAGUUUAUUUCCAGUGCAAAGGGGAAUUCCUUUUUCAAUGUUCUUCUGGAGUUUGUUUGUGCGCUUCCUUGUCCUUGUCCCUGGCUGCUAUACCCUUUAUCAUUAUGUGCUGUUACCAACUACCCCGCAUUUCGACGCUCGUUCUAUGGACAUUAGACGUGUAUACACUUAUGUCCAUGCAUCGAGACAAACUGGUUAGUCGAGUCUGAAUUGGAGCCUUACAAUGUAAUCCAUUGGCAUGUUUUAUUCACAUGAUAAGACCUGACCAGCACCAACAAUGGCAGGCACUUGCUUCCUUGCCACUCUUUUAAGAGGCCAUCCACAUGAAGCAAAAUGUGAUUGCAACCAUUUUGACCAAGCUGCUCAGAAUGGCUACCGUUUGAAGGAGUUGUGUCGACUGACUCAAGGACACUGAGGCAGCAAUGGCCCCAGAAAUCAUCACAACUGCAAUUCUUACCAUCAGCGACAGGUGCUCCACAAAUGAACAAACAGAUGAAAGCGGACAAAACCUUCAACACAUCUUGUCAUCCCGCAGCUUGUUCAACAGCACUGUUGCAGCUCGUGCGUGUGUUCCAGAUGACAUUGAGAAAAUCAAGGAAUGUCUCAUCAAGUGGUGCGAUGAACUCAAGCUGAACCUCAUACUCACCACUGGUGGAACAGGAUUUUCUGCGCGGGAUGUCACGCCAGAGGCCACAAAGGCUGUGAUCACAAAGGAAGCACCUGGGAUGGCUCUCGCUAUAAUCAAGGGAUCUCUGGACAUUACCCCCAUGGCCAUGCUGUCUCGCCUUGUGUGCGGCAUACGAGGUCAAACUAUCAUUGUCAACCUUCCUGGAAGCACCAAAGGAGCCCAGGAAUCGCUAAGCUUUAUUGCACCAGCAAUUCCUCAUGCUGUCGACCAGCUUUGUGAAAGAAGGGAGAAAACCGCCGAGGUUCAUUCUGCUAUGAAGAAAUGCCAUUCUCAUGGAAACCAAAAAGGCUUACAGUCAUUCCCCCAGGUAGCUCGUCGUCCCCGCCAAUCUCCUUACCCAAUGGUGGACGUCGAAGAAGCGCAAGCUAUCAUCAUCGGAGAAUGCUUCACCACUGAAGUUGAGGAGGUUGCCAUUGAUGAAGCACUCCAUAGGGUUCUGGUAGAAACAGUGCAUGCAUUCGACCCACUUCCACCUUUUCCUGCAUCCAUCAUGGAUGGCUAUGCUGUCUUGGCCUCAGAUGGAUCAGGUCCACGGCUGGUGAUGGAUGCGGUCAGUGCUGGAGAUGAUCCUACAUCCAGGGUGUGCAGUGGUCAGUGUGUCCGCAUCAGCACAGGUGCUCCUGUACCCUACCCAUGUGAUGCAGUUGUCCCAGUGGAAAAUACGGUCCUUCUGCGAGCAAGCCCUGAUGGAUCACAAGAGAUAGAAAUUGAGGUGCUCAAAGCUGCUACUGUGGGCCAGGAUAUCCGUGCAGUGGGCUCAGACAUAGAAAAAGGGCAGGUGGUUCUGGAACAGGGUCAUCUGCUGGAAGCACCAGAGCUGGGGCUACUGGCAGCAGUUGGACAGCUACGGGUACCGGUUCACGUCUUGCCAAAAGUGGCCCUUCUCUCCACAGGAAAUGAGGUAGUUCCACCAGGCAAAAGUCUUGAGCCUGGACAAAUCCGUGACAGCAACAAGACCACCUUGUUGGCGCUGCUUCGUGCGAAUGGCUUUGCUUCAGUGGACGCAGGAAUUGCACAUGACAAUCGCAGUGACACAAGAACAAAGCUUCAAGAAGCAUUAGAUGCUGCUGAUGUGGUUAUUUCAUCUGGAGGGGUUUCUAUGGGAGAGAAGGACUACCUCAAAGAUGUCCUCCUGGAGGACUUUGCGGCCACCAUACACUUUGGAAGAGUUUGUAUGAAACCAGGGAAGCCCACCACAUUUGCCACACUGACCCAUAGGAAUAAGAAAAAGCUGGUGUUUGCCUUGCCAGGAAAUCCAGUGUCCUGCGCAACAACUUGUCAUCUCUUUGUUUUGCCAGCACUGAGGAAAAUGGCUGGGCAUAGGAGACCUUUCCCUAGUGUUGCAAAAGCAAAGCUGUCACAUGGCGUAGCAUUGGACCCAAGGCCUGAAUAUCAUCGUGCCAUGCUCACCUGGUCUGCCAGUCCCCUUCCGGUGGCAUCAAGCACAGGCAAUCAGAGGAGCAGCAGGCUUCUCAGCUUUGUUGGGUGCAAUGCACUGCUAGCACUACCAGCUUGCACUACAGAUUGCUCUCACUUGGAAGCUGGUUCAGUGGUGGAGGCUCUCUUGCUCUCAACAUAGAUGUUAAGGGCUACUAUCACAGUCGGAAUUACCUGGCCAUUAAUCUGGUUGGGGAGUCUUUGUCCUGAUGGAAUAUUUUAAGGCAUGGCACUAAGGUUAAAAAUAAAUAAUCUGUGUUUCA